UUUUUUUUUUUUCUCAUUCGCAAAAAUAAAGUGGAUAAGCCUGCAAAUAAUACACACACUUCACACACACAGUGACAGUGAAGGUGAAGGAGAAGAAGCGGCAAUGCUGGCAGCCAACCCUAAUUAUAGCUUCCACGUCCCUCUUUCGAAACUCAGAGCUUCGAGUUCCAAGAAAUUCAAAAUAAUUUCUAAUUUUUCGGCGAUUAAUUGCUUUCCUCGGUCGAAAAAAAUUCACAUUUCAUCAAUUCAGCCAUCAAAUGCUGUUCACCGGACUCCGAAAACGAGAAAAAACAAAAGUAGAAACAGCGGUAACUUGUGCAAUAGGUUUACUAUUGGAGCUUGUUUAGCAGCAGAGCCAGGCAUUCAGAGCGUGGAUGCUCCGCAGCAGUCUUUUGCUCCCUACUCAAUUAAAAUUCCCGUUGGUGAUCGUCAUAUACUCGUUGAGACAGGUCACAUUGGGAGACAGGCUAGUGCUGCCGUUACUGUUACAGAUGGAGAAACUGUUAUCUACACAACUGUUUGUUUCAAUGAUGAUCCCAGCGAGCCUACUGAUUUCUUUCCUCUUUCUGUACAUUAUCAAGAACGAUUCUCAGCAGCUGGUCGUACUAGUGGUGGAUUUUUCAAGAGAGAGGGAAGGACAAAGGAUCAUGAGGUUCUCAUUUGUAGAUUAAUAGAUAGACCUCUACGGCCAACUAUGCCAAAGGGAUUUUAUCAUGAAACCCAGAUACUAUCUUGGGUCCUGAGUUAUGAUGGUUUGCAUCCUCCAGAUUCUUUGGCGGUGACAGCAGCUGGGAUUGCAGUAGCUCUCUCAGAAGUGCCAAGUUCUGGAGUUAUUGCUGGUGUCCGGAUUGGCCUUAUUGGUGAUAAGUUUGUUGUGAAUCCAACUACCAAGGAGAUGGAGGAGUCUAAACUGGAUUUGUUGCUGGCAGGGACAGAUAGUGCGGUAUUGAUGAUUGAGGGAUACUGCGAUUUCCUUCCUGAAGAGAAGUUAUUGGAAGCUAUUGAAGUUGGGCAGAAUGCUGUCCGAGCUAUAUGCAUGGCGGUGGAAUCCUUAGUGAAGAAGUGUGGAAAACCAAAAUUGGUGGACGCGAUCAAAUUGCCCCCUCCAGAGCUAUAUAAGCAUGUUGAAGAAAUUGCAGGUGAUGAAUUAGUUGAGGCACUACAAAUUAAGGAGAAAAUUCCAAGAAGAAAGGCAUUAUCAUCUUUGGAGGCAAAAGUCUUGAACAUACUUACAGAAGAGGGUUUUGUUAGUAAGACUGAAUCUUCCCUUACUUCUGAAGUGUUGUUGCCUGACCUAAUUGAGGUUGAAGAUGAGGAUGAGGAGGUUGUAGUUGAUGGUGAAGUUGAUGAAGGGGAUGUCCGUAUCAAGCCUGCUGCAAAGAAACCCGUCCCUAUGCUAUACUCGGAGGUAGAUGUGAAGCUGGUUUUCAAAGAUGUUUCGUCGAAAUUCUUACGAAGACGUAUUGUGGAGGGUGGAAGAAGAAGCGAUGGCAGGAAACCUGAGGAGUUACGAUCGAUUAAUUCAUGCUGUGGAUUACUUCCUCGGGCACAUGGAAGUGCUCUUUUUACGCGAGGCGAAACCCAGUCAUUAGCUGUGGCUACCCUUGGUGAUAAGCAAAUGGCACAGAGAAUAGACAACCUAGUAGAUGAAGAGGAGUUCAAGAGAUUCUAUCUUCAGUACUCCUUUCCUCCGUCAUGUGUUGGAGAAGCUGGCCGUGCAGGAGCUCCAUCCAGGAGAGAAAUUGGCCAUGGAAUGCUUGCUGAGAGAGCUCUGGAGCCAAUAUUACCUUCUGAAGAUGAAUUUCCUUAUACCGUACGUGUUGAAAGCACCAUCACAGAAAGCAAUGGUUCAUCAAGCAUGGCCUCAGUAUGUGGGGGUUGCUUGGCAUUACAAGAUGCUGGUGUUCCAGUUAGGAGUUCAAUUGCUGGAAUAGCCAUGGGAAUGGUCUUGAACACUGAGGAUUUCGGUGGAGAUGGUUCUCCACUAAUCCUCUCUGAUAUAACAGGGGGUGAAGAUGCGUCAGGAGAUAUGGAUUUCAAGGUUGCUGGAAAUGAUGAUGGUAUAACUGCAUUUCAGAUGGAUAUAAAGGUUACAGGAAUCACCUUAUCAGUCAUGCGGCAAGCUCUCCUGCAAGCAAAAGAGGGACGGAAGCAUAUCCUUGUUGAGAUGUCAAAAUGCUCUCCUCCUCCUUCAAAGAAACUCUCAAGAUAUGCUCCAAUUAUUCACAUUAUGAAGGUGAAUCCAGAUAAAGUUAACAUGAUCAUAGGUUCUGGUGGGAAAAAAGUGAAGAGCAUCAUUGAAGAAACUGGGGUUGAGUCUAUUGAGACGCAAGAUGAUGGCAUUGUUAAAAUAACAGCUAAAGAUUUGUCAAGCCUGGAAAAGUCUAAAGCCAUUAUUAGUAACCUGACAAUGGUUCCCAAGAUUGGCGACAUUUACAGGAACUGUGAAAUCAAAACAAUUGCUCCAUAUGGAGUUUUUGUUGAAAUUGCACCUGGCCGAGAGGGACUGUGUCAUAUCAGCGAGUUGAGUGCAAGUUGGCUUGCUAAGGCAGAAGAUGCUUUUAAAGCUGGAGAUCGUGUUGAUGUCAAGCUUAUAGAGAUCAAUGAGAAAGGACAACUUCGGCUGAGCCGCCGUGCAUUACUUCCAGAACCUGGCCCAGAGAAGGUGAGCACAAAGCAACGUAUUGGUAACCUCAAUAAAGAAACUACAGAUACUCAGAAAGCCGAUGAGAAGGGUAAACUGAAGAAGACGUCAUCUGGUCCUAAGAAUGAUGUUAAAGUUGACAAUGUAGAACUUCCUGAGGAUAGUACUCUUGAUGUUAAAACCGACGACAACGACAAAAAUAAGACAGUAGAGGCUGAAACACCUAUGGAUGAUAAGUUUGUGAAGAAGUCCAUAAGCCCAGGCAAGGAUGCAACUGAAACUAAUAAAAGCAGGUUCAAGAGAACCAGUACCAAAUCCAAAACGAGUGAAAGUCCAGUUGUAAAUGGAGAAGCGAAAGUUGGAUGAAAAAACACCAUGUCAGAAACAAGACCUUAUUAUACAUGAAAUUUGGAGAUGGAUGUUGUCACUUGCAGAAAAAAAGUGAUGGAGCUAGCUUUCUGGAUGGCAAGUGACCACUAGAUAGUAAUUUCAGCUUGUUUCUCUCAAAAUCACGAGUUCUGGCACGAAAACAUCCACCUGCUGAAUGUAAGUAGCAUGCCUGAAAUGCAUGUAAAAAGGGCGGUGCUUGCAUAAAAUCAUUCUGCUUGAGCUAAAGUGCUAUUUUGUCAGCAAAAUUUUGUCUUGUCCAGCGUGUUGAGGACAUGUUAGGCUAGUAAUUCAAAGGAUACACUUUUAACUUGUCGAGCAGCCUUGUUCUUGAUUUUCUAUGUUUGGGAAAGUUAUUUUGGUUCUGUUAAUGCUACAUGUAUGAAUUGGCCAAAGGAAUGAUGCAGUGAUACUACCAAAUUCAACUAGUUAGAUGUCUAAAUUUGUAAGGAUACAACACAAUUUUAUAAUAGCAAUAGAUUUCGUAA